AUGGCCCCCGUCCCGCGCGUUUACUCCAAGACCUACAAGGUCCCUCGUCGUCCUUUCGAGUCUGCUCGUCUUGACUCGGAAUUGAAGAUUGUCGGCGAGUACGGCCUGCGCAACAAGCGUGAGGUGUGGCGUGUCCAGCUCACUCUGUCCAAGAUUCGUCGUGCUGCUCGUGAGCUGCUCACCCUCGACGAGAAGGACCCCAAGCGUCUUUUCGAAGGUAAUGCUUUGAUUCGUCGUCUGGUCCGCAUCGGUGUGCUCGAUGAGUCCCGCAUGAAGCUCGAUUACGUCCUGGCCCUCCGUGUUGAGGACUUCUUGGAGCGUCGUCUCCAGACCUGCGUGUACAAGCUUGGCCUUGCCAAGUCUAUCCACCACGCUCGUGUCCUGAUCAAGCAGCGCCACAUUCGUGUCGGCAAGCAGAUCGUCAACGUGCCUUCCUACCUGGUCCGCCUGGACUCCCAGAAGCACAUUGACUUCGCCCUCAGCUCCCCCUUCGGUGGUGGCCGUCCUGGCCGUGUCCAGCGCAAGAAGGCCAAGGCUGCCUCCGGCGGUGAUGACGAGGGUGAGGAGGAGGAAGAGUAAAUGAUCAAAAAUAGGAGUACGGCGGGUUUCGUUAUGGAAAAGUAACUCUCACGGGGCUUUGAUGUCACUGCGGCAUAGCGUAUAAUGUUGUACGACUUUCCAAAAUGGAUGAAUACC